AUGACGACCCCGACGUGGUCGUGGAUGACUCUGAAACGACUGCAGUCCGCUGAACUAACAGUCGAAAAAUUUUGGAGCGCCACAAACGUGUGGAACGCCAAACCACACCUGUUGAUCAAGCACUUGAUGGGUGCCGAACAGCUCGUGUCUGAAUCGCUGGCCGGUGAAUACACUGAUGUGUUGGCAUCGGUGGUAACUACAGAUUCACCACCCUCGGCUUGGGUAGAAGACCCAUCGAAAACUUUUCGAGGUCUGGGCCUGGGUGUUGGCAAGGACGUCCAAGUGGAAGUCUGGAAACUAUUCACCAAGAAGCCUGUCGACUGGAACGAUUACUUGCGACUGAGCAUCUUUGAUAAGCAAAAUAAUAUUGUCGUGUUCUAUGAUUGUACGCCGAAGAAGAAUAACGAUGAUGUUGUCAAAUAUGCCUAUGGUAUUUAUUUUGAGGACGACUGGUUGGAGUUGCGUCUCGCCACUCUGUCAAAUCAAUCUCUGGACGAUAAGAAGACGUUGCAUUGGAUGACUGACGUAUUUUUCCCAAAAUUUUUCAAUUGGGCGAUCAAUGACAAAGGGUCUAAACCAGCAAUUACAUCCUUGUCGCACGUUUGUAUUCAAAUGUAUUGUUCUCUGUAUAGUCAGUUGAAGGAAAAAUAUGCCAAAUCACUAAUGGAGGUUUGGACAGAAGUAACUGAUCCUAAGAAGUAUAUACAUAAAGACAUUGCUACAGCUACCUACCUGAUACUUUUGUGGGGUAACACCAAACCAAGUUUUGUUGAUAUGGGGUGUGGUAAUGGUUUACUUGUGCAUGUUUUGAAUAGUGAAGGAUAUAGCGGAGUUGGAUUGGACGUCAGAUCUCGGAAAAUGUGGGCUCAAUAUCCACAAUCUACAGUUUUGAAGGUGACUAGCGUUGAUCCUUCGUCAUCUGAUUGUAAGUUUCCACAUGCCGAUUGGAUAAUAGGCAACCAUUCAGAUGAACUGUCGCCCUGGGUACCAGUAAUUGCCUCGCGUAGCAAUUAUAACUGCAAAUUUUUUCUUCUUCCAUGUUGCCCCUUCGAAUUCAAUGGUUCCCGUUACCAACGUAUGGAUUCAUCUCUUAGCCAGUACCAUGAUUAUUUAAAAUACUUGGAAAAGACUAGUAUUAAUGUGUUUAAGUUUAACGUUAAAACAGACCGUCUUCGAAUACCUUCAACAAAACGGACGUGCAUCAUUGGCUGGUCAAAAAAUUAUUUGCCACAAGAAACAGAUCAAGUUGUGAGAGACAUUGAAAAAUUUGCAAGUUCUAAAUUUAACGAAAACGUUUUAUUUGUGCCCAGGCCGCCUGAAGAGAGGGUUAGAAAUUGCACUAAAUUAGAUAAAGACUUGGUGAGCAGUGUGGUUGAUAGCGUAGCUGAUGUAUUGAUUAAGAGUUCAGGUGGAUGGAAGUGUCGUGUCACUUUAGGUGAAUUAGCAAAACAAAUUGGUGAAGAGAGACUAAAAAAAUUGAAAAAAGAAUGUGGUGGUUUACAAACAUUGUUAAGGAAUCAUAGGUAUAUUUUUGUGGUGGAGAAAGGUACUGUUGGGUUUAGGAAACCAGCAAAAGACUGUGGAAAAGUUUGGAAAAAACAUAAGUGUUGGUUUUAUCAUAAUUAUCCAGAAAAGUGUCCGUUAAAUGAAGACGAAUGCUGUAAUAUACAUUAAUAACAACAAAUAAUUGUUGAGUAAUAUUUUAUUAUUACAAUUUUUUGUAAGUUAAGUUUAAAGUUUGUACAUAAAAUAAAUAUAUAUUUUUUGAUGGAUAUUAGGAACUCUAACCUCGUAUUAACUUGACUUUAUAACGUGAUUGUCUCAUCAUUUCUUAUUCACUAAAAGUGAAUAACAUUGACAGUAGAAACACUUAACACCCAAAUUACAUAAUUUCAAUAUAUAUGUAUGAAACAAAAUUAAAUUUAGCAAUCCUCCAUUACAUGUGUUUAUGUUGGUGCAUAAAUAUCUAGAAUUUAAAAUGUUUAAAAUAUACGUGAAGGUUAUUCAUUUGUUAUGAUUACAUAGGUA